GCCAACCUUACUCGGUCCGCCAUGGCCAUUCCGUCAGAAGUUGUGAACAUGCUCAUACUUUCCAUACUUGAUUGCUCUCCUCCAAACUCCUAAAUUGCUGACUUUCGGCUCUCUCUCCUUUUUGCCAGUAUCCUUUACCCUUCUCUCGCUCCCACACAUUGCAUUGGCUGGUUCCCUGAAUCGAUAUUCUAUAAGCGAUCUAUCCGGCAAUAGCCUCGGCAACCAUCAUUUGGCCAAAGAGACCGAGACCGCAAACGUCCCCUCCAUACUCGAGAUAGCUGCCAAUCCAAGAGAACUCACCUCAACACAACAUGGCAGGACAAUCAAAAGAGGCUGUAAUUCCUCCUUGGGGGUUGGCAGUAGCUGGAGCUACCGGCGCUGUCAUUGCGAAUGCUCUGGUCUAUCCUCUUGACAUGUGAGCAUCUCCGUUUCCCUACGACCCACCCAAAUGCGAUUUUUGGAACAACUUGUAUGAUUAUGUACCCAAAUGCUAAUUACAAUAUCUGCUGUAGAGUCAAGACGCGUCUUCAAGUCCAAGUCAAAAGAAAAGAGACAGAUCCCGCACCAACGGGUGCUGAACCAGUUCAUUACACUUCAACAUGGCAUGCGAUUACGAGCAUAGUUGACGACGAUGGCAUGUUGGGAUUGUAUAAUGGCAUACAUGGGGCGCUUAUUGGGGUCGCAUCUACGAAUUUUGCAUACUUUUAUUGGUACUCGGUUGUUCGAACUGUUUAUAUUGCACAAAUGAAGGUCAAGACUCCGCCAAGUACCGCUAUGGAAUUGGCCCUUGGGGCAGCCGCUGGAGCAGUAGCGCAAAUCUUCACUAUUCCUGUUGCUGUGGUCACUACUAGGCAGCAGACACAAUCUAAGGAUGAGAGAAAGGGCAUGGUAGAUACUGCUAAGGAAGUCAUUCAAAGCGAAGAUGGGUGGACGGGGCUUUGGAGAGGGUUGAAGGCUAGUUUGGUGCUGGUUGUUAACCCAGCUAUUACCUACGGCGCAUAUCAAAGAUUACGAGAAGUUCUCUUUCCAGGAAAAUUGAACCUUAGACCCAUGGAGGCAUUCUGUCAGUACCGUUCCCCCCAAUUCGAUCGAAUCUUUUCUAAUAUUACGAAGUACUGGGAGCAAUGUCGAAAUCACUCGCUACAAUCGCAACCCAGCCAUUAAUCGUUGCCAAGGUUGGCCUUCAAUCAAAGCCACCUCCGUCUCGAGCAGGAAAGCCUUUCAAAAGUUUCCUCGAGGUAAUGCAAUUUAUCAUUCAAAAUGAAGGAUUACUGGGAUUAUUUAAGGGUAUCGGACCCCAGAUUACCAAAGGUCUUUUGGUACAAGGACUUCUUAUGAUGACAAAAGAAAGGUAUGUUCUGCCCCUAACUGAACCUUGCAAACAUACUGACCACAUUCAGGAUGGAACUUAUGUUCAUUCUUCUCUUUAGAUACAUGAGAAGACUCCGAUCAGAGCAACUUCAAAAGGCGGCAGAUCUUGCUUCUUCGGCAGCCAAAGAGGCUCUUCCUUUGGUAACAAAGUAGAUGAUAGAAAUCGUUAGAUUGUUCGACUGUUCUUGUGAAUUUAGACUUGGUUUAUUGAUAGAAUGGCGUGGAGUUUUUGCAACUAUACGGAUCUAUUUCGUGGCAUGGGUACAUAUGGACUAGGUUAAUUCCGAGCUUGAAAUUGACAAG